CUGUGCUGGGGCCCGGCAGCCCCCGGCGGGUCGGGCAGGGCAGGGAGGGCUCCCCGGAGAGCCCCAGGCACGGCCCCAUGUCCGCACAGCCCCUACGAUCCCCGACGCUGCGGCCGCACAGGAUGAAGAAAGAGGAGUCGUUCCUGGGCAAGCUCGGCGGGACCCUGGCCAGGAAGAAGAAAGCCAAGGAGGUGAGUGACCUCCAAGAAGAAGGUAAAAAUGCUAUCAAUGCACCAAUGAACCCAAGCACCGUGGACAUCCAUCCAGAAGAUACACUAUUAGAGGAGAACGAGGAGCGCACCAUGAUUGAUCCCAACUCAAAGGAAGACCCCAAGUUCAAAGAGCUGAUCAAGGUUCUGAUUGACUGGAUUAAUGAUGUGCUGGUGGAGGAGAGGAUCAUUGUCAAGCAGCUCGAGGAGGACCUUUACGAUGGGCAGGUGCUGCAGAAGCUGCUGGAAAAAUUGGCUGACCGUAAACUGAACGUGGCAGAAGUGACCCAGUCUGAAAUUGGUCAGAAACAAAAGCUGCAGACGGUCUUGGAAGCUGUCCACGAUUUACUCCGACCCCAUGGCUGGACCAUCAAGUGGAAUGUUGACUCAAUCCAUGGCAAGAACCUGAUUUCCAUUCUUCACCUGCUGGUGGCUUUGGCAAUGCAUUUCCGGGCUCCCAUCCGACUGCCUGAACACGUGUCUGUGCAAGUGGUGGUUGUGAGGAAACGUGAAGGCCUCCUGCAGACCACUCAUGUUUCGGAGGAGCUGACGACCACGACAGAGAUGAUGAUGGGAAGAUUUGAGCGUGAUGCCUUUGACACACUCUUUGAUCACGCACCAGACAAACUCAGCGUGGUCAAAAAGUCUCUGAUCACCUUUGUGAACAAACACUUGAAUAAACUGAAUUUGGAAGUAACAGAGUUGGAAACCCAGUUUGCAGAUGGUGUUUACCUGGUCUUGCUCAUGGGUCUCCUUGAAGACUAUUUUGUUCCACUUCACAACUUCUACCUAACACCUGAAAGUUUUGAUCAGAAGGUCCAUAAUGUUUCCUUUGCUUUUGAGCUGAUGCAGGAUGGAGGACUGAAGAAACCAAAGGCUCGCCCUGAAGAUGUUGUCAACUUGGACCUGAAGUCUACCCUCAGGGUUCUGUACAACCUGUUCACCAAGUACAAGAACGUUGAGUGAUCCUGGAAGUGAUCCUGCUGAGGUCUCUUCAUCCUUCAAGGCAGAAAUGACCAUAAACACACCCUCUGCACGUCCCCCUUGUGCCUUAUGCUCCACUUCAUGCAUUCUUUCUGCACUUGGUGUGGUCUGUCUGUAGUUCUUUGUAUGGCAAUUCCACUAAAAACAGUGCAUGUGUAUUCUCUACAUCACUUGAAAAUGUGUAGGUAUGUCACACUUUUACCAGAAGAUUGGAUCUGCUGUUUGUUAUAACCCACAAGUGUGCUUUUGAUAAAGGAAAUAUACCACUAACUACUUUAAUAAGCAGGGAAAACACAAGACCUUCCUCAUGGCUGGAGACUCUUUGAUUCCACACUAGGCUUUCUUUUGUACACUCCUUGGUUGCCACUGGCAUUUGAUGAUUUUGAAAUAGUGUUGAAAAUAGAAAAUCAGCAGUGGGAUUUAUUUACAAACUGAGCCUUUUCUGUUAAAUAGGGUUUCUCUUGGGUGGGUUGGGCUGAGGGGAAUUAGGCACUACCUGAAGCUCAUGGCAAAAGCUUCAGGUUUUGGGUUUUUUUCACCUCAUUCUACUCAGUGUUAUUUCCAUUCAGUGUUUACACAGAAUAAGUCUUGUAAUGGGAUGACCAACUAACUUUUUUUAUGUCUAUUUUUAUUUUAUCUCUUUUCUAGGAGAAAUUUGGUUGCUAGAGCCACUGUUACCCGUUCAGCUUCAGUCAGGCCAGUCAGGAGCUGGCCAGACAGGCACAGACUGGAUUAAUGCCUUUUGCCCCCAGUCCUUUCUGAAAUAAUGAGCUUGGCAGUCUGAAGGUUGAUUCUUCAUUUUGCAUAGAGGAGUUAAAGGGUCAGAUUACUCCUGUUGGAAUUGUUGGCAGCUGUAGGGUUCUGGGGGUCAGGCUUUUAUAAACAGGCAGGUUUGCUCUGCUCCAUGAGCUCACUUGAAUCCUGUCAUAAGUAGGCAUAUUCUUCCCCUACAAAUGGAUUUCUUACACCAAACAUUAUUUACCCUUGAACUCAGGUUCAAGAGGAACCACGAUCUUUGAAUGGUAUAAUUUUACAAUUGGGAUUUUCUCCUUCCCUCCUUAAACAUUUUUUCAUCUCAAAGGGAGAGAAAUGGGCUUCUGCUGCUUUUGUUUCAUAUUUUUGGGUUCUGAGCUUUAGCAUUUGAAUUCCUUGGGUCACCUCCCCUGAAACAAAGAUGGAAGGAAGUUGCCCUUUCUUUGCAUGAAAAAUUCAGAUCUCCUCUGCUGUGUAAGGUUCUCUGGGGAAUCAUUGCUUGCCUGUGCUUCAGGAAGGAGCUGACUUCUCACUGUUUAUACAGAGCCCAGAAAACUUGGACUUGGAGUUCAGAUGGGGCCACUAAACUGCCAUAACCCCAGCAGUUAUUACAGAGGAGAUUUACAGAGGUACCAGAGGCUCGUGGGUCAGCUCUCCUGGCAAGUUAAGGACAUUGGUGUGAACUCUGUGCUGUGAAACAAGGGGAUCACGGGGCUGGGAGGUGAUUGAACUGAAAGUCUCUCAGAUUUGUAGUUUAAUGCAGUGUUAUCUGUGGGAAACAAGCCUGUUAAAGAGUUGUCAUUCCACCCACCUCCCUUCAGGUGACGUGGAAGGGCCAGUGCUGUUUAUAUUCUCUGAGUUGCUGGGAGAGACCUCCAGAGAGUUUAGUUUUUUAAAUUGUGAGCAAUAUUAAUAUCAAAAGCAAACAGAAAAUAACAAGAAGAGAUUGAUAAGAGGGAUUUGGCUUUGGGGAUGGUUCUUUCUGAGAUGGCAUUGUACAGCUGGCAUCUUCAUGGCAUGUGAGCAGACGUGAAUGUACUGACAGGUUUUAGGAGUUUGUUCAUUUCUGCAUUUCUGGUCACUCUGCAGAACCCCGAGUCCCUCUGCUGCAGCCUGAAACAUUCCUUAUGUGAACAUCCCUGUCAGCCAGGACUGCAGCCUUAUGUUGAUGUCCCAGCCAGGACUGCAGGCUGGAUGCCCUGAACAAGUCUGGGGCAGGUGUCAGACCACGUUCUGUUAUGUUUUUAAGUCUGUUAGUAAACAUUGCACAGGGAAAACACUCGUUCCUUGGCUCCUUCCCACCCACUGUUCCUGCAGACACUGUAUUUAUUGUUAACAGGACUGUGAGCAGGGCAGAUUUAAUUGAACUGGAGCCUCAUCCCAAUGAGUCCAGUUUCCAGGAAGAGCAAUGUAGGUAAAGCUUCUCUGAGCACCUGCUUUUGUCCUGCCUCUUUGUUACAUGUGUGAUGCUUCCUUUCCUCUCAGAAAGCCAAGUCGAUGUUAAACGUGUUAUUCACGAUCUCUUUGUGUUACUGGGGUUUGACAUUUGUUCCCUGGGUACCAGUGGGACAGAUCUCAAUCCUGCUGGGUUCACCUGGAGUGCUGGAUGCUCUGCAGCUUCCACGUUUGGAAGUAGUUAAUGAAUGUCUGUCUGUCUUUUCCAGUCCAUACCACUUGACUUUUAGGUGCAUUUACUGGACAUACUCAGUUCCACUGAGCUCUGUUACCACAGAAGAAGCUCAGACACUCCUCAGCUGCAUUCUGGUUUUCAAGAUGAAAAACCAACAGUGGCAGAUUUUUUUAAUCACCUUAAACCUUAAAGGAUUUCUUAGCCCUCUUCUCCACGUCCCAGUGCUUUCAGUAUUAAUGUAUUUUUUUAAGAGUCUUUUCUACUGUUUUUAACAGUGUUUACUCUGGAUUUCUAACUACUAAAAACCAGCCUUGCAGAUAAAAUUCUGGGCUUGUCACAUGCUGGAGGCACCCAGCACAGUGAUAAGAGUUGUGUACUGUAAGCAAGUUACAAUGCAAUGCUAUGUUUGCUAAAAUUCACAGCAGGAGUGUUAUGCAUGGUUUGUGACAGUUGUACUAUUUAUUCAAAUAAACAAAUAAUGAUCACUA